AUGGCAGCAGCAGACGAAUCAGCGCCGGCGGCGAGCCGGGUGGUGUGGGUGAACGGGCCGAUCGUGGUGGGCGCGGGUCCAGCGGGGCUCUCCGUGGCGGCGUGCCUGCGCGCGCGCGGGGUGCCCUGCGUCGUGCUGGACCGCGCCGACUGCAUCGCGUCCUUGUGGCAGCGCCGCACCUACGACCGCCUCCGCCUGCACCUGCCGCGCCACUUCUGCGAGCUCCCCGGGAUGCCGUUCCCGGACCACUACCCGGAGUACCCCACCAAGCGCCAGUUCGUCGACUACCUCAACGCCUACGCGGAACGGUCCGGCGUCCAGCCGCGGUUCAACCAGGCGGUCACGUCCGCGCGGUACGACGCCGCCGCGGGGCUCUGGCGGGUGCGCGCGGAGGACGUUAGCGCUGUUGCUGCUGCUGAGGACGCCGCUGCGACGACCGAGUACAUCGGCCGCUGGCUCGUCGUCGCCACGGGCGAGAACGCCGAGCGCAUCGUCCCGGAGUUCGAGGGCGCGCGGGACUACGCGGGUCCUGUAUCACACGUCUCCGAGUACAAGUGCGGCGAGGCCUACCGCGGCAAGCGCGUCCUCGUCGUCGGGUGCGGGAACUCCGGCAUGGAGGUCUGCCUCGACCUCUGCGACCACAAUGCCCUCCCAUUCAUGGUCGUCAGGGACGCGGUGCACGUCCUGCCUAGGGAGAUGUUCGGCGUGGCCACCUUCUCCAUCGCCGUCUUGCUCCUCCGCUUCCUGCCGCUCUGGCUGGUGGACGCCAUCCUCGUCCUCCUAGCGCGCCUCUUCCUAGGCGACCUGGACAAGCUCGGCAUCCGCCGCCCGCCCGGGGGGCCGCUCGAGCUCAAGAACGCCAGGGGCAGGACCCCCGUGCUCGACAUCGGCGCGCUCGCCAGGAUCCGCUCCGGACACAUACAGGUCGUGCCGGGGAUCAAGAGGUUCUCCCGCGGCGGCGCCGUGCUCGUCGACGGCCGACGCGUCGCCGCCGACGCGGUCAUACUGGCCACCGGCUACCACAGCAACGUCCCUCAGUGGCUCAAGGGAAGUGAUUUCUUCACCGAGGAAGGGUACCCAAGGGUGCCGUUUCCACACGGCUGGAAGGGGGAGUCAGGGCUCUACUCUGUUGGCUUCACCAGGAGAGGCCUCUCCGGCGUCUCCUCCGACGCUGUCAAGGUUGCGCAGGACAUCGCCGUGGAAUGGGAGAAGCAAACCUCCACAAGAUGA